AUGUCCAUAAAGAAUUUCGAAUCUACCCACACCUGCGGUCAACAUGGAGCAAAUGCUGGCAACUCAAGGGCAUCAAGGAAGUUCAUUGCUACCCAAAUACACGCUAUUUUGAAGGUUAGACCAGAUCUUUGUGCAGUUGAUAUCAAGAACGACAACUCUCUAAUUAUGGCAUCAAGAUUAACUACAGUAAAGCAUGGUGGGGGUAACGAGACAGCUCAACAGGACCUCUUUGGUGACGAUGAUGAGGCUUAUGAUUCACUGAGAUGGUAUGAAUCUAGGGUGCAUAAAACUAAUCCUGGGAGUCGUGUUGUUAUUGAUGCUGAUGACGGGAGGUUCAGAGGCAUACUACUUAGUGCCACUGGGUAUGACGGCAACCAGGGAAUAUUUCCCCUUGCUUAUUGCGUAUGCGACCAAGAGAAUGAGGUUAACUGGAAAUGGUUCUUACAAGGAUUAUGGACGUUACUGUAUGAUAGGGAAAAUCCUUACCAACCUCCACAUCGACUGGUAAUGAUUUCCGACGCCGACAAGGGUAUUAGGGCAGCAGUCGAGGAAUUCUUUCCAGAUGCAUUCCAUUCAAGGUGUGUUCUGCAUCUAGUCAAGAAUUUCAAAAAGAAGAUGAAGGAUUUUAGGCACAAGGCAAAUAUCGCGACUACGUUGGGCGAGCUGUUACAAUCUGCGGCUUAUAAGUUCACAAUAUCUGAAUGGAAUGAUGACAUGAAAGAAUUGGCAGCGAUCGAUCACUGGGCUUACGUCACUGUAAUGGAAUACUCCCCGGAGAGAUGGGCAAACACGUAUUUUCCUAGUAUAAGGUAUGACCAUGUUACUUCAAACGUUGCUGAGUUCUUCAACAGCUGGAUAAGAAAGGCACGAUUGUUACGAAUCUUACCUUUGGUUGAGACCAUACGGAAGCAAAUAAUGGAGCGCAUGCAUGAAAGAAGGCCAAUGGGUCAGAAAUGGUCUAGAUACUUAUGCCUGGAAGCUGAGAUGGUGCUGUCUAAUAAUAUUCAGCAUGGUAGUUGCUUGGCGAUUAAACAUUCGACAGAAGAUAUUGUGGAGGUCGAGUCUAAUAAAACUUGUCGUGUAGAUUUGAAGAAUCGAACUUGUUCUUCAAGUUAUGCACCGAUCAUCUUUCCCAUCCCAGAUUACGAGAAGCGCUUUGUACCGUUAGAAGAGUGA